AUGCUUUCAGAGUGGAGCUCAUUUCUGAAGGGUGUGCUGCUUGGAAGUAUCGUCUUUGCCUUGACCAAACUGUUAGGACAGAUUAGGAUAGGUCGCAGAAACGGAAUACACCACCACGAGCAUCACCACCUGCAAGCUCCUAACAAAGAUGCCUGGAAAAUAUCAGAGGCGGAACUCCUGGAACUCAAAAACAGCUCCCGGAUAUACUGUAUCAUUCUUGUUACACCCAAAGAUGUGGGUCUCUGGGCUGCAGUUAAGGAGACUUGGAUCAAACACUGUGACAAAGCCGAGUUCUUCAGUUCUGAACAUGUUAAAGGAUUUGAGUCAGUUACUGUGAAUGAGAAUAGCACGUUGUUGAGGAUGAUGAAAGCUUACAGUUAUGGCUUUGAGAAAUACAAAGACCAAUAUAGCUGGUUCUUUCUCACAUAUCCCACUACAUUUGCUGUUAUUGAAAACUUGAAGUAUUUUUUGUUAAGAAAAGAUCCAUCACAACCUUUCUAUCUAGGUCACACUGAACAGAUUGGAGCUCUUGACUAUGUGAUUGUGGAGGGAGGGGUUGUCUUAAGUAUAGAGUCAGUGGAAAGACUCAACAGGUGUUUCAGUAUCACACAAAGUUGUCCCUAUGACAGAAAAUUGAUUUGGAAGUUUCCUGAAGAUCAUCUGCUUGCAAUCUUUCUGAAACAGGAGGGAGUGUUUGCAGAAAAUGCUGAAGAUGCAGAGGGGAAAAACUUAUUUAAUACAAAAACUAUUGGGAUACUUAUUAAAGAGGCAAUGACUGACAACCCGAAUGAGAUACUUCAAGGAUGCUGUUCUGAUAUGGCCAUUUCUUUCAGUGGACUGACUCCUGAUAAGAUGCAUGUUAUGAUGUAUGGGGUGUACCGUCUUAGGGCAUUUGGACAUGGUUUCAGUGAUGUACUGUAUUUUUUACCUCCAAAUGGUUCUGACAAUGAUUGA